CACAAAGAAUAAAAUAAUAAUUAAACAAAAGCGGCAGUCAAAAGGAAGAAUCCGACACUCACCCACAUCUGCAAUUCUGUUGGCCACAGCGAGAGACUGAAAGAAACAAAACCAACGAACAAAACUGAAAAAGCCCACUGAAAAACCAAAGACGAAAGCUCCCUUCUUUUUGAACAAAUACACAAGACCAUGGAAGACGAACCACACCGUUGUUUUUCCUUUCUUCCAACCUUCCUUCCUCUUCAUAUACUUAUUUAUACACCCAAUCCUGUGUUACCUGAACCCAACAGAACCAAAUCAGCGGCAGUUUUUUGCAUAUCUUGACGAUGAUUAUUUCCCGAUUUCUAAGACGAGGAAUCUCAACUUCCACCAGCCCCACUCGACGACGGUCAUGGUGGGAUCAUGUCACUCCGGCUCUUAAAGACCCCAUCAAUGCUGUCACCGACGCCUUUCUUGCUGAUCCUUGUCCUUACAAGAUUAAUCUUGGAGUGGUACCUUUUUUUUCUCUCAUCACAAUUGCUUGUUCAUCUUUAGGGGAUAGCAAGAAUAAUCUUGGGUCUGGGAUUUUUCAGGGAGCUUACAGGGAUGAUGAAGGGAAACCGGUUGUGCUCCAAUGCGUUAGAGAAGCGGAAGGCAAGACUGGGGCUACCAAUUUCCUAUGCAUUGGCAGGGAGUCGACAUCUACAGCUAUUAGCUCGAAAUUGGUUGAGGAGAGUGCAAAAUUGAUAUAUGGGGAAGAUUCGGAUGUCAUAAAAGAAAGGAGGUUUGCCGGAAUCCCGGCUCUAUCUGGAACUGGUGCAUGUCGUAUCUUUGCCGAGUUUCAGAAACGAUUUUACCCUGAUUCAACAAUAUAUUUUCCCGAUCCAACAUGGUCUAAUCACCGCAAUAUUUGGGGAGAUGCUCAUGUUCCGGACCGAACCUUUCACUAUUACCAUCCUGAUUCUAAGGGUUUAAACUUUGUGGCACUCAUGGAUGAUGUCAAGAAUGCACCAGAUGGUUCUUUCUUCUUACUUCAGCCUUGUGCCCAUAACCCAACUGGGGUUGACCCUACGGAUGAGCAGUGGCUAGAAAUCUCAUCUCUGUUCAAGGUAAAGAAUCAUUUUCCCUUCUUUGACGUCGCUUAUCAAGGUUUUGCAAGCGGGGAUGUAGAGAGGGAUGCCCAAGCUAUUAGAAUUUUUCUUGAAGAUGGCCAUUCAAUCGGUUGUGCGCAAUCUUUUGCGAAAAACAUGGGUUUGUAUGGACACCGAGUGGGUUGUCUCAGUAUUCUCUGCAAUGACAAAAUCCAAGCAGUGGCGAUCAAGAGCCAGCUAAAGCAGAUUUCUAACACUAUGUAUGGCAGUCCACCAAUUCACGGUAUAUCACUAGUCUCGAAAAUCUUGAGCAAUCCAGACAUUAAGGCCCUUUGGCUCAAAGAGGUUAAGGUCAUGGCAACUCGUAUUCAAAGAAUGAGAGCUACUCUACGGGAAGCUCUUGAGAGAUUAGGGUCUCCCCUCAAUUGGCAACACAUAACUAACCAGGUCGGAAUGUUUUGCUUCUCUGGAUUAACUCGUGCAGAGGUCGAUCAGCUUGCAAAGGAAUUUCAUAUAUACAUGACACAUGAUGGACGCAUAAGCAUGGCUGGUGUGACCACAAAGAAUGUCGAUUAUGUAGCAAGAGCUAUUCAUGAAGUCACUGCCUCCGAUCGCGACAUCAAGAUAUUACAUAACAUUGGUGCAUAUAAGGUUAAUACUGAUAUAUGCUCAACUUCCCUUGGUACUAAAAAAACAAGAGCAAGGGGAAUGAAUUUAGCCUUGUAAUAUGCACACACAUAUAAUUCUUUCAGGUUGUACCAUAUAUGUUGCAGAAAAUUGAAACUUUUUUGUUUUGGAAAAAGAAAGAAAGAUGACAUUCAAACAA